AUGCUUGAACAAACGCAAGACUCGUCCAUUUUUGAUGGGAUUCCGCUCUCGUAUUUGGUGUUUUACGACCCUCUCGAAAGAAGAAAACGUGGUCUUGAUCGAACUGCUAUGGAGACGUGCUUUGCUAUCGUCGACAUGGCUGUGUCUACAGAAUCCAUUAUCAGCGCCAAUCUUUGCUGGCGACUGUUAACCGUCUGUCUGGAAGGACUUCAGUUCUGCCUAGCAGAGACGCUGAAGCUGUUCAGAAGGGAACAAAUUUCCAUUGAUCUCCAAAUGGAUAUAGAACGUCUUGGGCGUUAUCUCAUCAAGAGAGGCAUGAGUCUCGAAGAGAUAAGGCAACACAUACGAGUGGGAUGGAUCUACAACACAAUCGCUGCCAUGAAUUGA